ACUGUUUUUUUUUCGAAGACAGUUUCUAUUCGAUGGAGCAACGAUUCGUUAGCUGGUUCGGCUUAUUUCUAUAUUCAGCAUUCAUAAGCCUCACUCUCGGUUACCAAGACGGUUUCUUGAGUUUAACAUGCGGUGGAACGACAGAUUACGUCGAUUCAUCCAACAUUUCAUGGACACCGGAUAUAAACUACGUGACAAAAGGCAACAUCACGAGUGUGGUUUCCUCAGACGGAACCACCCCAAAAACCCUCAGAUAUUUCCCCGAAUUUUCGGGCAGAAACUGUUACAGGCUCCCAAUAAAGAACAUCUCGUCUUCAAUUCUCGUUAGGACAACAUUUGUCUACAAAAACUACGACGGACUUAAUAAACCACCCGUAUUCUCUGUCUCCCUCGGGACAGCUGUAACCACCACCGUUAAUCUUGCUCACACGGAUCCAUGGAUCGAAGAAUUUAUAUGGCCAUCAGCUAAUAAUAAUCACAAAGAUUUUCUACCGUUGUGUUUUCACUCGAUUCCCAACGGUGGAUUUCCCGUUAUAUCCUCACUCGAACUCCGGAACCUUCCUCAGGGAGCUUACCUUCCGGAAGAUUCCAACGAUAAUAAGCUUCUAAGGAAAUCACACCGUAUUAACUGCGGUUAUAGUGACGGAACACUAAGGUACCCUUUGGAUCCGUAUGACCGAUUAUGGGAUGCUGACGAGGAUUACUCACCUUAUCACGUAUCGACUGGGUUCGACAUUGAGAGUAACUUCGAUUUGUCGAAGAUUAAAGAGAGCCCUCCUUGUGUUGUUCUUCAGACAGCAAGAGUUCUUGCAAGGUGGAACAACCUAGUAUAUAGGCUGCCACUAGAUAAUGUAGGAGAUUACUAUGUUGUCCUUUACUUUGCUGGGAUUUUACCUGUUUCGCCAACUUUCGAUUUACUGAUUAACGGUGAGGUUGUUCGGUCGAAUUACACGGUGGCUCGUUGGGAAGCCAACGGUAUAUUCUUUAGUGUGAAAGGAAUCAAGGAGUUGAAUAUUACAUUAAAGACGAUUACAUACUAUCCUUUAGUGAACGCUCUCGAGGUUUACGAGAUUCUUGAAAUUCCCUUGGAAUCUUCUUCAACCACAGUAUCGGCUCUUCAGGUUAUACAACAAUUUACGGGGCUCGAUUUCGGGUGGGAAGAUGAUCCGUGUUCGCCUACACCAUGGGAACAGAUCGAAUGUGAUGGAAAUCUUGUCACUUCUUUGAAACUUUUCGACGUUAAUUUGAGGACGAUAAUCCCUACAUUUGGUGAUCUACUCGACCUUAAAUCACUAGAUCUGCACAACACUUCUCUUGCCGGAGAGAUACCAAACUUGGGUGGUCUCCAACAUCUCGAAAAACUGAACUUGAGCUUCAAUCAGAUAACUUCAUUUGGCUCCGAUUUCGAAGAUUUGAUCAACAUUCAAGUCCUGGACCUGCAAAAUAAUAGUUUGCAAGGCACAGUACCUGAAAGCUUUGAAGAGCUAAGAGACCUUCAUUUAUUGAAUCUGGAGAACAAUAAGCUACAAGGGCCACUCCCACAGUCACUGAACAGAGAAAGCUUAGAAGUCAGGACAUCCGGAAACCUGUGCCUUUCAUUCUCACUAACAUGCAAUCAGCUUUCAAUAAACCCGUUACUUCAAGCUCCGCAAGUUACAAUCUUUACGCCAAAGAAGCACAAAUACCAAAGCCAUUUGAUCGUUCUACUAUGUGCAGUUGGAGGAGCCGUUCUUGCUCUCUUUGUUAUUUCGUUCUCGGCUAUCGUGUACAUAAAGAGAAAGAAAGCCGAGAAAAGCUAUUCACCAAGUUCUGCAAUGGACAUGCAUAAAUGGGGUUCAUCGAAAAUAUUCACUUAUAAAGAGAUAAAAGCAACUACAAAUAACUUCAAAGAAGCUAUUGGCCGCGGUAGCUUCGGAUGUGUGUAUGUCGGCAAGCUUCCAGGUGGCAAAUCAGUAGCUGUUAAAGUUCGUUUCGAUAAAUCUCAGCUAGGCGCCGAUUCUUUCAUCAAUGAGGUGUCUCUCUUAUCACAAAUUCGACAUCAGAAUCUGGUGUCGUUGGAAGGGUUCUGCUGCGAAUCGAAGCAGCAAAUACUCGUUUACGAAUAUUUAUCCGGAGGAUCAUUGGCAGAUAAUCUUUAUGGUGCAAAGAGCAAGAAACUGACACUAAGCUGGGUUCGGAGACUGAAAAUCGCUGUCGAUGCAGCAAAAGGUUUGGAGUACCUACACAACGGAAGUGAACUACGUAUAAUCCAUCGUGACGUAAAAAGCAGUAAUAUUCUUUUAGACAACGAGAUGAAUGCUAAAGUUUCCGACUUUGGCCUUUCGAAGCAAGUGACUAAAUCAGAUGCAUCACAUGUCACCACUGUAGUCAAAGGCACUGCAGGCUAUCUUGAUCCUGAGUAUUAUUCGACUCAACAGUUGACAGAGAAAAGUGAUGUGUAUAGCUUUGGGGUUGUACUUCUGGAGCUGAUAUGCGGCCGAGAACCCCUAACUCACACCGGCUCUCCAGAUUCGUUCAACUUGGUUCUAUGGGCAAAACCAUACCUGCAGGCUGGUGCAUUUGAGAUUGUGGACGAAACUAUAAAGGGGGGUUUCGAUGCAGAAAGCUUGAGACGGGCUUCUUUGAUUGCAUGCAGAUCGGUCGAAAGAGAUGCACUUCGUCGACCAAGUAUUUCACAGGUUCUUGCUGAGCUCAAAGAAGCUUAUAGUCUCCAGCUAGCCUAUCUUGCCUCUUCUGGUCUUGUGUGAAUUAGUAUUAUUAUUAUUAUAUAUCUUUUUUAUGUAUGAGAGCUUAUUUAUCAUAAUAUUUUGUAUGGUAUACUGAAGAGAGAGGAGACAUAAUCUAUAGUGUGAAGAGAAUCAGAGAUGAUGAAAUCCUAUGUUAUCUUUAAUCCACGUGAUAGAAUUAGUAUG